AUAUUUUUAUUUAAUGAUUGCAGAACUUUUGGUCAGACCUAAGUAUAUACGUAUUUAUUUUAUAAGAUUUAUCGAGUCAAGAUUAAGACUUCACACUAAAGUCAAUCUUGUGCCGGAUACAUUGAAAUUUUUAGAAUAUGUUGCGAUUAUACUAGAGAGACUAAACUAAAAUUUUCAAUCCUGUAUAAUAAUGUUUUCGGGAGAUAUUCAAUACAAAAGGCUGACAAGUUGCUCAUUUAUACUGUGUGAACACUUAUUCUAUAAAUUUUUUGAAAGAGCAUGUCAGACUACAACGCCGUUUUUUAAAUUCUGACUUUUUUUUAAUACGGAAAAAGUCAAUGACAAGUUCAAUACCUCGAAAAAUGGUCAUCUAUUCACAGAAAUGUUUUUUUCUUCAUAUUAUAAUAAAAAACAGGUACCGCAAUUUUACAUGCUUUUUCAAACAAAAAAAAAAGAGGCAAUUGGCUACUUAAGCAGAAGAUGAGAGAAAUCAUAUUAUUUAUGAAAGAUCAGACUUCAGACGCUAUGUUCUCAUGUCAUUAUCUCAAUUUCAAUAUUUCUAAUGAAAAUUGACUUUUUUUUUGAGCCAAGAUGGCUUAAUAAUAAUAAAAUAAUGAAUUAUUUAUUUGAAUUUUUAUUCUAGUUAAUUAUGCACGAGAAAAAAAAAUUGAUUUUACCAAACCAUUUCUUAGUUUGGGUAUAUCAAUACUUUUUAAAACAUCCAAACCUGAAAAACCAGGUUUAUUCAGUUUUCUUAAUCCAUUAUCACUUGAAAUUUGGAUAUAUACAUUUGCUGCUAUAUUUACUGUUAGUUUUAUUCUAUUAUUAAUUGCUCGAUGUUCACCUGAUGAAUGGCGUAAUCCUUAUCCAUGUGAUAGUGAUUAUAAUUAUUUAGAAAAUCGUUUUACUGUUAGUAAUACACUUUGGUUUUCAAUUGGAACAUUAAUGCAACAAGGUGCCGAUAUAAGUCCAUCAGCUAUAUCAACUCGUCUUAUUUCUGGUAUUUGGUGGUUUUUUACAUUAAUUCUUAUUUCAUCAUAUACAGCUAAUUUAGCUGCGUUUUUAACUGUCGAAAAGUUUGUUAAUACAAUUGAAAGUGCUGAAGAUUUAAUUAAACAAACGAAAAUAAAAUAUGGUGUUCUUCGUGGUGGUUCAACAGAACAAUUUUUUCGAGAAUCAACUAUUCCAACUUAUCAAACUAUUUGGAAACAUAUGAGUAGUAAUUCAGAUGUAUUUGUUAAAAGUAAUCAACACGGUAUUGAUCGUGUUAAAGCUGAAUCAUUUGCAUUUUUUAUGGAAUCAACAUCAAUUGAAUAUACUGUACAACGUGAAUGUAAUUUAACACAAAUUGGUGGUUUACUUGAUAAUAAAGGUUAUGGUAUUGGAUUACCAGAAGGAAGUCCACAUCGAGAACGUUUUUCUGAAAUAAUUCUUGAUUUACAAGAAAAAGGAAUAAUUCAAAAAUCUUAUAAUAAAUGGUGGAAAGUAUUAGUUACAUUCUAA